AUGUCCAAAGGAAUCUUACAGGUACAUCCUCCAAUCUGUGAUUGCCCUGGGUGUCGAAUUUCGUCUCCAGUGAACCGGGGUCGCCUGGCAGAGAAGAGGACGAUCCCCUUACCUCCAACCAGGAUACCGAAGAAAGAGCUGACCUCGAUUUUCUCGCAUAGUGACGACAGCGAAGAGAGUGAUAAGAGCAAUGGUCAACACCCUGAAGUAAAGCAGGAGGAGGAUCUCCAUAUCAGUAUCAUGAAAAGAAGGAUACACACCCACUGGGAUUUAAACAUCUCCUUCCGAGAGACCUCUUGCAGCCGUGAUAACGACCUUUCCACUAUCAUCUCCAACCUGCAUCAGAGCCGUCAGCUCGUUAUGCCAGAGACCCAGAGCCGCUGUGAAUUCAAGAGAAACAGCAUCGACGUUGGCUUAGGAGCAGCAGAUGAAAUUUUAGGCAAGAGAAGAGUAUGUUCUCCCAACAGCAGCAGUGAGUGUCCUUUAGAAAGCAAGAAAGCCAGAAGUGAGUCCCCAAAGGAAAACUCCCACACGCCUCUGCUUGAGGACUCGGUGACUCAGAUGACCCCAGAGGAGCACUAUAGACGCAUGAUGUCAGCACUGAAUGAACACGGCACGUUUGAAGAGCAGCAGCAGCAACGUCUCUACCAGCUGGCCAACAGCAUGGCAGUGCCCAGCCAUGGAGACCUUCUCAUGGGGAGAGAGAAGUUACUCGCCAGCUCAGCAGACAGAGACUGAAGGCCAGGAGCGACACAGAUGUGAAUUCCUUCGGGAUCAAACCCAGCUGAAAGGCCACGGAAGCAAACCCUCCGAGUUUUCAACAUGAAUUUAUUUUCUGAUUUCUGCAGGGAGAUAUCCCACCCGCCGCCUCUGCUUUCACCCCAGAAUGCGCCCCAUAUUGCCCUGGGCCCCCACUUGAGACCUCCUUUCCUCGGGGUGCCUUCGGCUCUGUGCCAGACACCAGGUUACGGGUUCCUACAGCCGGCACAAGCAGAGAUGUUUGCACGGCAGCAAGAGAUGCUACGAAAGCAAAACCUGGCAAGGUUGGAGAUGUCGGCUGAGAUCAUCCGCCAGAAGGAGCUGGAGAAUCUCCACAGGCAAAGGCUACUGGCUGGUGACCCGCUGAGCCUGCAUCCCGGCUUGCCCCCAGACCACCCGGCCCUGCGCAACGUGCACGACAUCCCCGAGGGCCACCCGCUGCGGGAGGAGCUCUCCCGGAGGAACGCCAUGCUGGUGCUGCGGCACAACAACACUCCGCUGCUCUCCCUCAACCCCAGCGUCCCCAGCAGUGCCACGCCGCCCAAGGAGCAGCCCCGGCGGGGCAGUCGGAAAUCGGCACACCACCGCGCCGAGCCGCAGGGGCUGAGCGAGGCCAAGGAGCUGGCGGAGCCCCGGGCGCGGGACGGGGUGCCAGACUGUAACGAUGAGGAGAUGAAGGACUCUGAGAGCGACGCGGAUGUGAGCGAUGAGAAGCCGGAGAGCCUGAAGGCUGAGAGCAGCAGCUCGGCCGCUGAGCUGAAAGAGUGCAAAGAGACGGGGAAAGUCUGCGAAGGGGCCAAGGAGCUGGGUGAAGCGGCUUCUGGCCAAAAUGCCCCCUGCAGCUCCUCGAGCGCCGAGUCCCCCAGCCAUUUGCUUGGCCCAGGCAUCAACAAAAAUGAGGUGAAAUACCUCCCGCCAGCCUCCAUCCCACCACCUCAGCCGCUGCCCUUCGGAUUCCCUUACACGAUGAGCCCGUACUUCCAUGCAGGCACCAUGGGAGGUCUCUUUCUGGAUGGCGAGGAAAGCCCUGCGCUGGAAGACAUCAGCAAAUGGACGGUGGAGGAUGUAUGCAGCUUUGUGUCCAACUUGUCUGGCUGCACCGAGUACACUCAGGUAUUCCGAGAGCAGGCGAUUGACGGCGAGACCCUGCCCCUCCUGACGGAAGAGCACUUACUGAACAAUAUGGGGCUGAAACUCGGACCUGCACUGAAGAUAAGGUCACAGGUCGCCAAGAGAGUGGGCAGAGUUCUGUACAUGGCAGGCUUCCCCAUGGCUUUCCCCCUGCAACCUCCCGGUUUACGGCCGCCAGAGCGGGACCUGCCCCCAGCUGAUCUCCGGCCGUCCUCCACGGGCAGCGUGGCCUCCCCGUUCAGCAGCGGCCUGCCCUCCGCCAGCCGCGUCUCACCAAAGCAGGAAAACGGAAACCCCUCCAUCAUCGCUGGGAUCAAUGACACCACGAAACCUCCAUCUUAA